CUUGUAUCUGUUAAUGGUAGUGUACUUGUAUCUGUUAAUGGUAGUGUACUUGUAUCGGUAUCUACCCCUCCUCCUAUACCCUCAGGUAGGUUAUUUUUACUAAGAUAUUUUUACUUACAAGACAAAACAUUCAUCAGGUUCUUCAUUCUGUCUACUUUGCAAAAGUUCUCUCGCUCUUAUCUUGGUCAGGUCAUUAUUGUAAAAGAAAAUGUGUUCUCAGUGACUAAUUUGUUUAAAUAAGGGGUAGUCAUUUUUCUCCCCCCUCCAUCUUCUUCCCAUCCUUCAGGUGGGUUGCUCUCUGAGUUCUUGGACAACUAUCUGUCCUCAGACCACCUGAAGGUGUCCGGGCCCUUAGUCAUGGGGAUAGGCAUAUUUAUCUUCAUCUGUGCAAACGCCGUGCUUCACGAGAACAGGGACGAGAAGACCAAAGUCAUCAACCUUAGAGAUAUCUACUCCACGGUCAUCGACCUCCACAGCACACGGACCAAGGAAUACUCGCAGAGUAACGGACUGGUCAACUACGUGCAGUCCAGAGGGUCUUUCAACGCCGGUAGAACACUAGAGCUUGGUGGCAGCUCCUGGCUUUCCAACACCAGGUCUGGCCACCAGGGGGAGUCCGUCAGCACUGAGCAGCAGUCCAGACGACCGUCGAUUGCUGGGAGGCAGCGUAGCUGGUCUAGAGACAACCAGACAUUCACAGACACUGUCUACAGUAUCUACAGGGACCAGAAGUGCAGGUGUUCGGAGCAGGUGCCCUACCCCAGUCAGUGGGACUCAGAGCAGGCCUCGCACCCCAGUCAGUGGGACUCAGAGCAGGCCUCACUCCCCAGGCAGUGGGACUCAGAGCAGGCCUCACUCCCCAGGCAGUGGGACUCAGAGCAGGCUUCGUACUUUAUUGAAAAUGGGAUCGAGGAAGAGCAGGUAGCAGGCUAUAGUCUGGGCACUAAAGAGAAGGAUGCCUUCAGGAGGAGCUCGACGUCAUUGACUCCCCGGGAGUUAACAGAGUGUCUAGCAAUUACCCUUACUGAACACCAGGAAGGCGCUACAGGGACAGACCCUCACCCCACAGGGCUCCCAACUAUCCCCUUCCUCCCACUCAUGUCCCCAGGGUGAUGAUGGAGAUGGGGUCUCGAACAGUAAGUGAUACAUCAAACUGGAAACCAUGGGCGGAGAGUCCUUCGAGGCAGUGGAUGUAGCAACUUCCUUUGUGCCCGACUCGAAUCAGGAAGAGGAAAGGGAAGUAGCAGUCGUUCGGGGAGAAGAAGAAGAAGAAGAAGGAAAAGGAGGGGGAGUCACCAGUCACCUUUAGCUCUUCCUGAUCUGAUCUCUGGAUGCUGUAAUCCCCAGCACUUCAACUGAGGAAACCUAAAUAGUUCUGCCUCGGCAUGCUAUCAUUUAGAUGGAUAUCAAGCAGAAAAUACAGGGCUCAAACCCCAUCUAGAAUCAAGGUGCGGCCGAAGGGAACUCAGGAGAUCAGAGGAGAGGGUGUGAUCAGAGUGGCUCCCAGUUCUUCAAUGACAUGUCUUGUCAUGUUAUUCUUUCCCACAUGUUUGGGAUUGAGGUUUGUAGCUGUACACAGUUGAUGGCAAUAGAAAAUGGACACUGGUAUAUUUUUUAUUUACCUUUAUUUAACCAGGCAAGUCAGUUAAGAACAAAUUCUUAUUUUCAAUGACAGUCCUAGGAACAGUGGGUUAACUGCCUGUUCAGGGGCAGAAUGACAGAUUUGUACC